AUGAAGUGCUUUGAGCGUAUUCUUCUCAGGUAUGAGGCAUCCUCAAAUGUCCAAGUGGAACCAAAGGAGCAGGUGCACUUUUACUCGGAGGGCCGAGUGUUUCAGCAUCAUGCAAACCUCGGUACCUACACCCUAACGUUCCCCGGCCUCCAUCGGAGGGAGGGAGAGGCAGAGACACAGAGCGGUGAAGACCGCUGCUUACAGGAGGAGGUGAAGGAGCUGAGGAGACUUAUUCAUCUUCACAGAGACAAAAAGGGAAACUCAGAUUUUGCGAGUACCAUUGCACCAACACAUGCCUCCCUCUCCAUCGAUCAUGAGCCGGUCAGCACUGCCUGUGGGCUGCAGCCCUGCUCUAACAGCCAACAAGAGAGCAAGCAGGAUGCAGGCCUAGCUGUGGUAACCAUAGAGAACUUGGGCUCAACAACAAAGGAACAGGGAAGUCCUUCGUCAUUGGAGGAGAGAACACAAGGGGAGGACUCUGCUGUUGUCACUCACACAUCCUGUACCAGUGGAAGUCUUUGUCAGAGCCAGGAAACUGUAGGAGCACAGAAGGGUACACCAGCUGCCAACUCUCCUGCUGGCCGUAACAGGAAGAACAAAAAGAGAACUACAAAGACCACAACACACGCUUCAAAAUCUCCACGAAAUAACAGAAGCACCCCUGAGGACGAUAGAGGCACUGCAUGCAGGCAGACAACAGGAAGUAGAACAGAGGCACAUGGAGCUGUUCCGCCCAGAGAACCAGCGGUGGCGUCUGUGAUUGGUGACGGGGAAGCUACAAAAACUCUGUGUAGUCUCGGAACAGAUGAGACUGCAUCACCCAUAAAGCCAGCGUCUGCACCUGGCGGCGAUGGGCAGUGUGCUGGCACGGGGACAGUUGCCUUGCCUACCACCAUCAUCGUGGAAAAACAGGAAGGAGAGAAGUGGGAAGUUGACCUGCUGAUAUGUGAGCGAGUUGUAGAGACAGAAUCCGUGACAGAGACAGAGCAGAGAGACACUGAAAGUCUCCCAGCAGAAGAAGCUAAAUUUAACUUAGCUGUGGAAUCAGCUGCAGAGAGGACAGUAACUAUGGGUCAGGAACAAUCACAGGAUCCCCAGGAAUGCCAGUCAGACCCAGAGGAGCCAAGCCAACCUGUCACCAUGGACAAGAGUCCUCAGUCUGGCAGGAGGACCAGCCCCAAGUCCCCGGCCACGGAAAGAAAAGCCCAGAGAGGACUAUGGCGGAAUGCAGGCUGGAUUGGAAACAGAAUGGGCUCACCUCCACAUGGACCAGAAACAGUAGCAAAAACAGUCUGGUAUCAGGAUGAAAAACUAGACCAGGGUGUCAGUGAAGACUAUAACAGAAAGGAACUGAAGUCCCAGUCAGUUUGGUAUGACAGUGGCACAAUGGAUCAGAAAAAACAUGAACAGUUGGAGCAGGGAAUGAGAGAGCAGAAAGAAUGUGAUUUGAGCUCACCCCGUGCUUCUGGUCUUAGUUCUCCACAGCUGUUAGAACAGGCUCUAAGUUCUCAUCAACUGUCUGCAGCUCUUAGUCAGCCACAUGCUGCUGGAGCGCAGCCAGCACUGUCACAUGGGCCUGGUGCACAAAGACGGGAAGUACACAGAUCACAGCGAGAGGAGGAAGUAGGGCCAGAUUGGAAGGAGGGAGGAGUGGAGGGAGACAGAGAGGAGGUCAGCAACAGAGAGACGUCUUACAGCAGAAAGAGUUCUGAAACAGCAGGCGUCGAAGAGGCAGGAGAAGAGAAGCAAGGGAGCGAAGAGAAGGGAGCAAAGGGAAGAAAAAAGAGGAGGAAGAAGAGGGGGAAAAGAGGAGGCACAGAGGCCAAGUUUAGCUCCAGCUCCAGUGUAGAGUCCCAGAGCCAGAUAGAGAUACAGACGCAGAGAGAACAAGUGGCGAACCUGAACACGCAGUCAGAGACAGAGUCAGAAGCCAAGGAUAAAACAGGAAAGGCAGAUGUCCAGACUCCCUGUGCUCCUGAGCCAACCCGGAGAGAGGAAGCUGACAAGGACGCAAUGCAUCUACCCAGCCAGACAGAGGGCCACACCAGGGACGUUCAUGGACCUGACUGUGACGUUACAAACCCGGAUCCUAGUUAUUCCACUCCUGAGUUAAGUCUGACAGACCCCGGGAGAAUGGAUCUGGCUGAAGUUACAGCUCCACAGACUUUAGAACCAAAGGAAUUAUCAGAGGAUGAGAACAUGAACCUUCAUGGACCUGAUAACCUCCAUUCUUCUGCCACUGCUUCAAAUGAACCUGACAUCAGAAAGGAAGAUACAGGAGAAAUUACAACUGUGCAACCAAUAGAAAAGGAAGUGCUUGACCCUACAGGGCUGGAAUUAAAGGGGCUUGCCAGUCCAGUCCAACAAACAGUGCAUGAAGUGGAGUCAAAGGGAUCGUCAGAAAAGGAGUAUUUGACAGUUGCUGGUGAAGCUGUCGCAUGCGGGGACUGGACAGGUUUGGUGGAAUCUAAUAAUCAGAAGGAACUUCCUGUCAAACAUUCAGAUCCCACAGAAUUCACCGCGGACUCGUUUCUUGUGGAAUUUCCUGAGCAGAAUACACAACACGCACAAUCCGUGGACUCGGACAAACCAGUACAGCCUGUGGAUCCCAUGGGAAGACCCGAAGGAUUUAUGGAAUCCGUGCAUCCUACAGAAGCUGUGGGUCUGCCAUGUGAAGGUACAGCGGAUGUGUCACCACUUCAAAAAGGGGAAGGAAGGGCUGAGACAACUCCGAGGGAAUAUUUAGAGCAUUGUUUGGCCUCGGAGAUGCUGAGAGAUCAGCAGCACAAGGAGGAAAAGAGAAACGAGUUGUGGAUGGGUGAAGGGGAAGCGGGUAAGGAAAGAAGCUGGGAGAGGAGGAGUGAAGAAAACGACAGUGGGACGGUACGCGGUGAGGAGUCUUCUUCUGCAGGGAAAAAGGUGGAGGAUGAGGAGCUUCCUUCCUUAGACAGAGAAGAAGAACAGAACUACAAUGACGAGUUGAUUGCCACAGCGGUAGCAGUUGUAACGGUAGCAAUAGCAUCAGCCAUUUCUAGCAUAGAAUCAAGCCAGCGGUUAGCAGACAGUCAGUCUGACAGUCAAGAGUGUGCAAGCGAAGAACCAGCAAAUGAUCGGCCAUUAGCACAGGAUGCUAGUGUACCAGCUGAUACAUUAAAGCAGCUGGCAGAUGAUUCACUCAGCAGUGUUCAGUCCACACAAGUGUCUGCACAGCGUGUGGACCAAGAGAACCGUCAACUGUUAGCAAUGACUCAAGCUGAUCAGUUCACUUCUAACCAACAGGCUGAAAUAUCAGAGGAGUUACAGUGUAGCACCGAGACAGAGACGCUAACAGCAGCACAGCUAAAUAGCAACCAGCAGACUCACUCUGACUUGUCAGCACUUGCGGACACCCCUAGUUUACCACAACCUGAUAAAGAGGAAAGUCAAACAGAAACUAUACAAAGCAAACUCCUUCCAUUAUGUUCAUUAUCUAAAGAGGAAGACAGCACGCUGCAAGUUGAUACGAAACCAUUGCCAGAAGCAAAUAAAAUGAUUACAAUCGAGGCAGACAGCCACAAGCAGACAGAAAUCCAGCUGCAAGAAGUGAGCCAGCUCUCCUGUCCUGUCGUAGACACAGGGCAGCAUCCAGAGGCUUCUGACAUAUUCUGUCCGGAUCCUGAGGAGAGUCCUGGACCAGGAGAGCAUAGAGACCCCCAGAGUCAGUCUAUCUGUGAGCUAGAGAGUGGGAUACAAGCAGAGGGAGAUGGACAGCAGUUAGAUUCACAUUUUCAACACAAUGAGACAGUUGGCAGUGAUGGAAUUCACCCUGUAGAAUCCAUAACUGCUGAGGGCGAGGCAGGAAGGCAGGCACACGAGCAGUGUAAGGCAGAGGAAAGUGAGGGCUGUGAAGACGCGUCAGGCUCAGAGUGUCAGGCUAAAGAGCACGAGAGCGAUCCACAGCUGGAUGGCCAGGUUAAAACGCCCUGUGAAGGGGAGACUCCUGCUGUGCCGUUUUCUUGCGCUUCAACGCUCCCUGUUACCCACUUUGGCUUAACUCCCGUGGCUGAUCCCAGUCCGGAGGGCCCGACUGGCCCUGUGAAUGUGGAGACAGGUGAAUGCCAGUCACUUCAGCCAUUAGCAGACCUGAAGCCUAUCCCUGCCAUCCCUCUCGGCGCUGACGGCGACACGUUCCAGAGCACAUGUCAGGACUCUGAGGAUGGUGUGUUUGAGCGGCUGGAGAAAGACUCUGUGGAUACAGUGGAUGGAUGGAAGGAGAGAGAAAGGAAUAAGAUGAAAAGUGAAGAGGAAGCCAGGAAGGAGAUGGUCACCGUUGGGGACACAUGCCAGACAGAAGCAGAAACAUUUCCAGCAGCAGAAGAAGAGACUCAACAGACCUGGAGAGACUCAGACAGCACACACGUUCUGAAGAUCCAGAGGGAGAGGGAUGUGUUCUACCCUGUCCCGCCCUGCCCUGAACCCAACACAGGAACAACAUGUACAGACGUCCAUCCAGACAGAGAGGAGCGUGUGUCCAUGUGUUUGUUGCACACAGACAAAGACGGUCUGAAAGUCAGUAAUGAGCUGGAUGACAGUGUCUUUAAAAAGCCUCUAGAUCCUCCGCCCUGCGUUGGACACAGGGAGAGAGGGGUUCGUGUCUCCUGGUCUUCCAUAGAUGAUGCGUCGAGUCCCAGUGAGGGGGCUUUGUCAGUGGGCACGUCUGAAGCGGUGGCCCCUCAGAGCUCCAGACUGUCCUGGAAGUCAGAGACAGAGGACAGAGGAGGAGGAGAGACAGAAGGGGGAGGAGAGGAGGAAGAGAAAAAAGACCAGCUCCCAGAAAACCCCGUCUCCUCUGCCAUCUUGCGAGCCUCCAUUCGUUCCUUGUCUCCGUUUCGUCGUCACAGCUGGGAGCCGGGCAGGAACAACGCCGCGGCAGAUAGUGACAUCACGCAGCGCAGCUCAUUGAAGAGCCUGUCAGGAGAGGCGAAGAGAGCCAAGCCCCCCCUCCACAGGCGAAGUAUGAGUUGGUGUCCAUCCAACUUGCGUCAUCCUGAUCAGGAGCAAAUAGACAACAGAAGCUACAGUCUGGAGGGUCUGGAGGUGGAGAAGGGAGCGGUCCAGGUUCAGUGUCCCAGCUUCAGUGAUCAGAGGGAGAGGACUGCAGGGAGGAGUUUACGCCUGGAGAGCCAGGAGAGGGGCUCCCUGGUCUCCCUCACUGAGGAGGAGCAGGAAGGAGAUGGUAGCAGCAUCGACAGCCAGACAUCACAUCAGGUCCUGUCAGUGACCAGCAGCUGUCCUGCCAUGUUCAAUCACCAAACCCUCACUAAAUCCAUCUCCAUGGUUACCAUCAGUCACCGUGAUGUAGAUGGGAUGAGCUCGUUCUCCAGUAACUCUGGGCCACUGGAAUACAGUAUUUCAGAGGAGGAGCCGGGCCCUCUGCAGAGCGGCACUGAAGGAAAAGGAGGACCCAAGAUCAGUCGGACGUUCAGCUACCUCCGCAGCAAGAUGAGCAAGAAAGGCAAGGAGAAAGAGAAGGAGAAGAGGGGAGAGAGGGAACGAGAGAGUAAAGAGAGAGAAAAGAAGAGUGCCAAUGGUCAUCUCUUCAUCCCCGUCGGCCUGCCCUCCUCCACAGCCUGUCAGCACUGCACCAAACUUCUGCACAACAAAGACACAUUCCUCUGCAACAACUGUGGCGUCUAUGUCCAUAAGUGCUGCAGAGAGAGUCUGUCUGUCUGUACAAAGAGCAAAACAAAGCAGCAGUCACUGGUGCCAGAAUCUGUUCCUGGCUCAGCUGCUAACAUGAGGAGUAAAUCUAUAUCUUCAACAUCAUCUGUAUCCUCUACAUCCUCCUCAUCGUCACGGGAACGCUGGUCCACGGCAACCACCCCUGAUGACCAGCUUCCUGUGGUGUUUCCACGGAAACACCCUAGCAUCUUCAACCCACACAGCAACCUGUCCAAGAGCAUCUCCACCAGCAACAUAGCAGGGUUAGAUAAUGUUCCACUGAAAGGCCUGAAGUUUCUGUCCCAGUCUACUGACUCUCUCCAUCAAGGAAGCAAAGUCAACGCCUCCACUGAGUCUCUCACUGAUGAAGGUACUGAGAUGAUGGACAGUCAGCUAAUGGGAGAGUUUGAAUAUGAUGUCAAAGAUCUGGAAGCUGAUUCUUGGAGCGGCACGGUGGAUAAGAAGUUCUUGAAAGCACUGAAGAAAGAUGAAAUCAAGAGACAAGACGUCAUCUACGAGUUAUACCAGACAGAGUUCCACCAUGUGAGGACACUGAAGAUCAUGUCUGAGGUGUACUACAAAGGCCUUCAGAAGGAGCUGCAGCUCGACACGCACACUCUGGACAAGAUUUUCCCUGUUCUGGACGAUCUGUUGGACAUGCACACACAUUUCCUCACCCUGCUCCUGGAGAGAAAGAGGGCGUCAUCAGCUGAGGGACAAAACAACAACAGCUUCCUCAUCUGUAGCAUCGGGGACGUCCUGGUCAGCCAGUUUUCAGACUGCAGUGCUGAUGGCAUGAAGAAAGUUUACGGGAAGUUCUGCAGUCGCCACAAUGAAGCGGUCAAUCUGUACAAAGACCUGCAUGCCAAAGAUAAACGCUUCCAGGCUUUCAUCAAGAAGACUAUGAGCAGCAGCAUCGUGCGGAGGCUCAGUAUUCCAGAGUGCAUCUUGUUGGUCACUCAGAGAAUCACCAAAUAUCCUGUUCUGAUCCAGAGGAUACUCCAGCACACCAAAGACUCCGAUGAAGACCACAGCUGUGUUUUUGAAGCGCUGCGCCGUGUUAAGGAGCUGAUCACGGCUGUGGACAGUAAAGUCAACGAGCAGGAGAAAAAACAGAGACUGAGGGAGGUUUACAGCCGCACUGACAGCAAGUCCAUCAUGAGGAUGAAGAGCGGUCAGAUGUUUGCUAAAGAGGACCUGAUCAGAGGGAGGAAGCUGCUGCACGAUGGAGCGCUGCAGCUGAAAAACUCUGCUGGACGACUCAAAGAUGUCCACGCGAUGCUCCUGUCUGACGUGUUGGUCUUUCUUCAGGAGAAAGACCAGAAAUAUGUCUUUGCCUCAUUGGACCAGCGCUCCACAGUCAUCUCUUUACAGAACCUGAUUGUCAGAGAAGUAGCUAAUGAGGAGCGAGGUCUCUUUCUGAUCACAGCUGGUAUAGAGAGACCAGAGAUGGUGGAGGUGCUGGCCAGCAGCAAGGAGGAGCGCAACACAUGGAGGGCCAUUAUACAGGACGCCAUGCACUGCAUGGAGAAAGACGAGGACGAAGGAGUUCCCAGUGAGACAGAGGAAGACAGGAAGCAGCAGGAGAACAGAGCGAAGGAGAUCCGAGAGCUUCUGCGAAGGAAAGACAAGGAGAUCAUCUCUUUGUUGGAGGAGAAGGUCCUCAUCUUCAGAGACCUGGGCGACUGUAAUCCCGCCCCGGACGACACAAACCCACCAGUCAAGGCGCGGAUGCUAUUCAGGGCCACACCUGAUGAUGUCACAAAGGGAGAGCCAAUCAUAAAAGAUGCCCUGAGAGAAGUGGAGACCCUGCAUGCUUUAGUGAACAGCGGUGUUGGUGGAGCAGGCUGCAGUGUUCCAGUUGGCCUGACAGGGGGCAGUGUGGGACCGGUCUGUCUGCCCAGGAGAGCUGAGACAUUCGGAGGCUUCGACAGUCAUCAGAUGAACAGCAGCAAGAAUGGAGAGAAGGAAGAGGGGGACGAAUCUCUAGACCUCCGCAGGACUGAGUCAGACAGCGUGUUGAAGAAGGGGGCCACUGCCAGCCUACAGAUGUUGCUGAAGAGGAGCAAUGAGGUUCAGCACAGUGUGACACAUCUUCACGACCUGCUGAUGUCACUGCAGGCUGUGGUGGUCCAGCAGGACUCGUUCAUCGAGGACCAGCGGCAGGCCCUUAGCGACCGGCUCACCGCCAACUCGUCCAGACACUCGUCCUCCUCCUCGCUGUCCUCCUCUUCAUCCUCUCGCCCCUCCUCCCUCAUCGAGCAGGAGAAACACAGGAGUCUGGAGAGACAGCGGCAGGAGGCUGCCAGCCUGCAGAAACAGCAGGCUGCACACCAGGAAGAAAAGAGGAGGAGAGAGAAGGUAUGGGAGCUGAAGGAGAAAGGUCUGGCAGAGCGGGAGGAGAGGCUGCGGGCGGAGGAGGAUGAGACCAGGAGGAGGCGUCAGGAGCUGGUGGAGGAGCGAGAGAUGCUGCAGAGGAAGAAGGAGGAGUACCAGAGAGAGCUGGAGAGGCUGAGGGAGGCACAGAGGAGGCUGGAGAGAGACAAGGAGGCUCUGAGGAAAGACACAGAGAGACUGGACGCCAUGAAGAGAGACGAGUUGGAGCAGCUUCAGAGGUACGAGCGGACUCCCUCCACCACCUCUGAAGACUCCAUAAGGUUCCACAGCUGCGAGUCUCUGGAUCUGGAUUCAAAACAAGCAACAGAACAGCUAAAAGAGGUGGAGCUCUCAUCCUCUGCCCCCACCAAAGAGCCUUUCCUCCGCAUCGGAUCCAAGAGGAUGGGCAAAAACUUUAACCCCUUCUCCUCUUCCUCCUCCUCCUCCUCCUCUAAGCCUCAGGGAGCAGAGAAGGAGUCUCAGCUCCCCACCAGACUGCUCCAGCUGGCCAAACCCAAAGAGAAGAAAGACAAGAAGAAGAAGAAGGGGAAGGGAGGGGAACAGACGCAGACAGAAAGCAAAGUGAUGUCUGAUCCUCAGAAUGAUGGAGAUAUCUUCUUCUGCUGAGGACCUGGUCGAUGUGAAAUUCUAACCUUCCUGAGGAACCAGACAGCUGGCAAGCAAAGCAAGCGGGACUCGGAUUGUUCCUUAACCCCCUAUCUGGACGUGAAGCGUGUCUUUGCUGCCAGUCCGGCCUCUGGACACUGUCUCUGCCUUCUUGUCAGACAGAAUGUACCAUCACGGAUGAGAGGCCGACCGGGUUCUCAGGAUAGCAGUCUGACUCUACCUGCGUGUGGUAAUAACCUCCUCCCAGAGACAGCAGGUGAAGUUAAUGCUGAACUGAUGAUUCAUGUGCCAAGAAUAUCCCCUACGACCUUCCAUCGUUUCGAGAUGUGAUGGGAAGCCAAGACAGACCAAACAAAAGCAGCGUGAGAAGCACAAGAGGAAAACAGCCCCUUGACUUCUUCCAGCUGUGCGUCACAGGUCACGUGUUAGACCCUGCACAUGGUGCUUCAAGUCAAGUCUCCUCAACUGUAGCAGACCUUAGCUUUAACAUCAACCGAUAAUAAGUGCCAUUUCUUCAAGUAUUGCUUCUGCUAGCUUCGAAUGCGUGUGAUUCUGCUGACUCCUGAGUUUCAGGCGACAGCUCCGCGGCCUGGCUCCCAGGCCGAACACGUUUUAAUCUAAUGUGUGAUUUGUACGUCCCCCCCUUUGCUCCAACUCGGGUUUUAUCAAAUCAGGCUAAACAAGAGCUCCACCAUGUCUCACUGUCCACGCUGUGUGCUGAGGUCAGUGUGUGCAACAAGGCCACAGACCUCCAGACACAAUCAAUCAGUCAGGCAGUCGGCAGAGAGACGAACGGAUCGUGUCUCACGGUCCACUGAGAGGUCAGUGUGGGAAGGAUGAGCAGAGACUCGGUGGUUUUAGUGCCUUAACUCUUGGAUGUAGUCUCCUUCUGUUGAAUGUAAUGUAUGAUGUAACGAGUGGAAUGAAGUGCAUGCUCAGAGCAGGUGUUUUUAAUCCUGCUGUUGUCAGAUAAUCACCUCCAGACUUUAGAAAUUCAUAGCUGUUGUUGUUUUUUUAAAGCGGUCAUCUCUGUCAGUCAUGAGACGUACCCGUCGGUGUGGAUGAACGGCCUGUAAGCCCAGUGUGAGCUCUGCAGGAGAAUCAGCACUCAUCUUUAAUCAUCAUUCAGUGUGACAAUCAUGACAGUGCAACAGUCACUGCAGCACAACAGGAUCAGGAGUACAAAGACUUUAACGUGCACUUUAUACACAUGAGAGAGGGAUGUUGUAUUUUAAGGCUCUGUCAUUCCCGAAUGAUCCAAUACUAAUUUCUUUUAAGUCAUUUGGUUGUAAUUGCAGGGACAAUGGAAACAUCCUUGAAGCUCCAUUCGAACCCAAGUGAAUAUCAGUUAAUUAGAGACAAACUUUAUUUUUAAUUACAUGUUGAAUUGUAAGAUACAGAACCGCUAAAUGUCCUGUUAGAUUUUUCAUCUUGCGCUCACAAGUUCUUCUCUUGUUAUCAUCUGUCAGGACUCCGUUUGUGUGGUUGCUUGUAGGAACACCUCACAUAUUUUCACAUUUUUGCAUGUCAAUCUAAUUGAAAUGAAUUAAUAAGAAGUGUACUAAACGAUCCCUGCAUCAGUUAGCCUGCCAUUAGCAUCAAAUGACUCUGUUCUUUGUAGUAAAGGUCCUAGUAAAUGGCAUGGAAUUAUCUGGAAAUGACAGAACUGUAAAGUAAAGCAUGCGAGCCGCAGUAGUGAUUAGUUUUAGUGUAGUGGGUUGGGUCAGAAUUCAGUAUUAUUGAAUUGAGACUUUUACUGCAUUUAUAUUGAGAUGAUAUGAUCAUAUCAUAUUAUUCCUUUACAAACUUUUGCAAACUCAUUUCAUUUCAUUGAGCACCAGUUUGGCUCACUUCAAGGGCUUUUUAGUAGCUUUUGACCCCACGGCACAGUCUUCAUGAGCAGAUUGAGUUUACCCAGAUUCUGAGCACCUCUAGGCUCAAGUCCAUGUUGAUGUCCAUCAGUUUGCAUUUAUUUAUGUCAUCACGCAUGCAUCUGCUUCUUUGUGAUAAACGCCGACAUGAGAAAAAUGUUCUCAUUAAUAUUGCGAUGUUGAGUCCAGUCCAGCUGUACUUUGUGGAAAGUCUUCAAAUAAGCAAUAAUCACUGAGUUUAAAGAAAUCAUGUGAGAAAUUUUGUCCCAAUUUGUUGGGUUAAGGGCUCACUGUGAUAUCAAUCAGUUCCAAACCAAUCAUAUAGAACGACAGCUGGAAGAGUUGGAGAUUGUCAGAUUGUUGCUGGAGACAUUAUUCAUCUCGGCUGAACCGAGAAGCAGAGACGGGCCUUUAUUUCUAAUUCCCUCUGCUUCGUCUAAGUCUGUCUGAUGGUGGUAUUUUACUAAGACACCCUCUCGUUUUCUGAUCUGUUUCCGUUAGUCGUGUUAGUUUGUUGCUCGGCACUUCCUACAUCUGCCUCAAUUUCCGCCAGGAGUCGACGCGGUAAAAUCUGAAGGGCUUUUAUUUUGAAACAAAGUAUAAUCAAUCGAGUGAAUUCCUCUGAGAGAGAAGAGCAUCGCUGUUAGAAAGAGCACUGAGGAUGACUUUGCUGAUGGACUAAUGCUGCAGUAAUUCAAGUCACAGUGAAGUUACCAUGCACGUCAUGUCAUUGCUAUUAUUUCACACCCAGCCAUUAUUUGCGAAUUGACAGCAUGCACCAAAGCCAGGCUUAGAGUCAUGCUUUUAUUUUGGAAAAACAAUCCUGAACUAAACUUUGCUGAAGUGUGAAUUGAACUCUUUGCACAGCAACAUUUUUUGCCUUGUUUCAUCAGUUUUGAACUGUAUUGGAAAGACAAUCAUAAGCACGCUGGAUCACGAGUGAAAUGAUAAAAACUAUUUACGAAUGGUUUCCCUCACAAGAACUCAUCAGAUACUUUCUCUGUGUGCUCUGCACUGUGCUACAGACAUCCCUGCUGCACUGAAUGUGCAUGACAAGAAUGAAUACAGCCAAAAGUGUUAAUACCAACCCUUCCUCAACAUCCUUCCCCUCAAUCCAAAUAUUGUGUCUUUUCCUGUACUUGUCCCCUCUCCAGCCCUGCUGGGAUUGUUAACACCGACACACAGAGGAUGCCCCGAGGCUCGUAUUCAUCCCCUGUCAUCCAUCUACAGUAAUAAUUCAUAGCUUUACAUUUUCACCGCAUUGAUUUUUGCCCCCUGUCCUCUGCAGAGAAGCCUUUCAUAGCAGGCUGCAGCCUGAAGAAUAAUAGUUGAGCCUGCAGUGUCGUUUCCCGCCUCGCUGCUGAGAGGAGCAGAUUUCUGCUGAAUCUGAGAGUUCAGCAGCCCAUCUCUAAUUCACCGCAGCUCCCUCUUCUUCCCUGUCACUCUCACUGCUGCGCGUGAGAUCACCAGCGGCGGUUAGUCUUCCUCAGGCCUUCGGUCACAAUCAGAGUCCUUUGGUGAAAAUGCUUCGUUUCCCUGCAGAUUCACAUCGAAGCCAAUUUCCUCAACAGCAAUAUAUUGAAAAAAUAACUGCGAUAUGUUUUCACAGCGUCACGCAGCCUUAAUACGACCUACAUGAGAGAAGUGUGUUACAUACGUUGCUUGUGCCUGAAUGUUUUUUAUGCCACAGCGUACAGAUCUGCUCUGUAGAUUAGAUGCCCUGUGCUCAAUUUUGGAAAAAGCAAAAAGAUAUGGACAUCCUGCCCUGUCUGCAGACGACAGACAGCUUCAUUUAAUACUGUAUUUGCAUGACGUGGACUGAGACACCAUCUCCUCCUUCUCUACAGACACUUCCUGUGUCACCGCUAACAUCAGUUUUUCAGGCUCGAGGGCUAAUUAGCUGGUCAGCUGUGAUACACGGACAGCUUCAGCUUCAUCUGUCAGUUCAUGACAGUUCAUGCUAAAUCAUAACUAACAAAACGCGGCCUGUCCUUAUCGUUUAAGCUUCAUUUAGCAGCACCAGUCAGUUGAUGGAGCUCCAAAGACGUCUUGUUCUUCCUUACAGCGAUUAAAAAAGGAAAUUAACAAUAAAUAUAGAAGUCACUUUGAUGGCUAAUUAGGAUUUCAGAUGGACUGAAACACAGUUUAAGCCUUCCAUGUUUUAGCUGUAGAUGAAAAGUUGUGAAAAGGAUCAGAAAAAGGCAAGAACUACCAAAUUAAAAGAGAAACAUCUAAGAUGUUAGAUUACAAACCUUAUUAAUUUAUUACGUCUCCUGUGUUUAAUGUGUUGAAUCCAGAUGUGCCACAAGUAUUUUUGAACUGUGUUUCAAAAUGAUUCACUUCCUGAUUUUUUUAUUUGUAAGGAAACUUUAAAAAAGGUUAACGAGCACAUCGCUCAAAGCUAUUCACCCUCUUAAGAAAAAGACACGAGUGCUCUUUCAUUUUGUAAAAACUCUUCCUUUAUCUUUUUCAACCCUGCUCUACAUUUCAAGCUAAAGGCACAAAGGAUGAAAUCUUGCGAUGUUUUUAGUGUAAAUCCCAGCAGCACUGCUACAUGGUAGCAGCCAGAGUCCUGCUGUGGAGAGGGAGGUUAGUUUAAACACAUACUUAUACUUCUGAUUCUUUGAUUCGGAGAGCCCCCCAGAGUGAUGUCCUUCAGCAGGGUUCAGCGUCCUUCAGCAGGAUUCAGCGUCCUUGAGUAAAAACCAGAGUUUAAUUUCACUGAAGUGUUAAUCAGUGGAUGUGAGUCCAGUCAGAGGAUGUCUGUUCAGGGCUGUUCUCAGCUGUUUUUUCCCUCAAGACGCGACCUGAAGCUUUGGAUCCCCGAAACAUAACAAGCUAAAUCACAGACCCAGUGUUUGAUCAUAGCGUUUAGUGGUUUGAGGAGGAAGUGAAACCUGAAAUCUUGAGUGUUGCAGAGAGCUGAGCAUGCUGGGAGGUCUGGCUCUCCUCUCCCCCACAUUUACCCAUUCAGCGUGCACUAUUUUACUAAAACCAUUCAUAAGGAAUUUUACAAACUCACGUUAGACCUUACAGUUUUUGCACUGUGAGCUUUUUGAAUUGUAUUUGUACUAAAAGCAGAAGGUACAAAGUUUAUUUUUCUCAUUUUGUGUACAAAGAAAAAAAAAGGGCAAAACAAGACAUUUUGUAAAUAUGUUUUAUGUACAAAUUUGAACUUCCAAAGUAUUGACGACUGUGGAUUUUGUUUAGUUGGAUGAUUGUUUUUUUUUUAAUAAAUAAUAAAGCUUUAUUUAAUUGUCUUCUUCCUGUUUUAAAAAUGUACAGUCGUUUUCCCUCUUCAAUAAAUAACUGUGCUGU